GGCCGCUGGCGCCGCGGAGCUUCCUGGUGUAGAUCCGUGGUGUGUUUCCCGGGACCAUGGCUUCAGCAUUGUUCAUUCUGGAUAUGAAGGGCAAGACCAUCAUCAGCCGCAACUACAGGGGAGAUAUCUCCUCGAUGUCAUCCGUCACGGACAGGUACAGGCAGUGCCUGCCACAAACAAGACCAGCGCAUCUACUCGCUCAACGAAAUGACUCGUGCGUGUCUGUCGGGUCGGCCCCUGCCGCCAUGUGUCCGUCCGUCUCGGAUGUCAUGUUUGUGUGUGCAGGUUUCAGCAGAAUGUGAUAGAGCAGGAGGAUGCGCUGGUCAAGCCCAUUUUUCACGAGGACGGCGUCACCUUCUGCUGGAUCACAUACAACAACCUUUACUGUAAGUGAGCUGAGCUACCUGGGAGGGUAUGCGUACCGACACGCAGAAAUACGACAGGCACACGAACGGGCUGGCUGGCAGGGGAGGGAGAGGCGGGUGGGGUGAAUGGUGUGCCGGUAGGUAGGUGUUUGCUGGAAUGGAUGGAUGGAUGGAUGUGUGUGUGUGUGUCAGUGUUGGGUGUGACUCAGCGCAAUUCGAAUGCCAUGAUGAUCAUGACCUUCCUGUACAAACUGACAGAAGUAAGUACUGAGGGAGGGAGGGAGGGAGGGAGGGCGGUGACAUGAAGAUAGCACCGAUCGAUCGACCACCUGUAUGUACUGUAUGCGUUGUUCAUCCAUCCAUCCGUCUGUGUGUGUGUUGUGUGUGUUGUGUGUGUGUGUAGGUGUUUCGUGACUACUUCAAGGAGCUGGAGGAGGAGAGCAUCCGCGACAACUUCGUCAUCACAUACGAACUACUCGACGAAAUGGUCGACAAUGGAUACCCUCAAGCCACCGGUACGCAGGCAGUGAAUUACCCUCGACACACACACCACACCCAUGCCUGCCUGCCUCGCUAUGCUGACAUUGAUUGUGAUGGGUGCGUGGUGUUUGUCCCGGUUCCCUUCCAGAGGUGAAGGUGCUGCGUGAGUACAUCAAGAACGAGGCCCACCAGCUGUCUGUCGACGCCAUCAAACCACCGACAGCCAUCACCAAUGCCGUCUCAUGGAGGUACGCAGGCAACGGAGGCAAGCGGGGGCGGGCAGACAGGGAAGCAAACGGACGAAACAAUCAAAACCUUUCCUGUGUGCUCGGCGCGUGACGCGUUCCAUGUCGACGCAGGUCUGAGGGCAUCAAGCACAAAAAGAAUGAGAUCUUCCUUGAUGUCGUUGAGAAGCUCAACCUACUCGUAAGGCCAAAGCCGUGCACAGCACCUUGUCGAGUGGUGGAAAUUGUGACUGACUGACUGAGUGAUGACUCGGUGGCAGGUGUCAAGCAACGGUACGGUGCUGAGAUCUGAGAUCCUCGGCUGCCUCAAGAUGAAGUCAUUCCUAUCCGGUAGACAGACAAGCAGGCAUCACAUCACCUGCCAGCCAGCCAGCUACCAAACCCACCCUCACUGGUCCGUCAUUGUGUAUCCAAGGUAUGCCCGAGCUGAAGCUGGGCCUCAACGACAAGCUGCUCUUCGAAGCAACAGGCAGACGUAGGCAAGGCACAAGGAACGAAGCAACGAGUUACUCACUGUACUUGCUUGUGCGUUCCCUCCCUCCCUCCCUCCCUGUUGAUCUGUGUCAGCGAUGGCGAGGGGCAAAGCGGUGGAGAUGGAGGACGUCAAGUUCCACCAGGUUACCUAUGUGUGCCAACCACACCCACCCCCACACGACUUGCCAUGCCAUUGGGGUCCACUCGUGAUCCUUGUGCAGUGUGUGCGUCUGGCCCGGUUCGAGAACGACCGCACGAUAUCGUUCAUCCCGCCAGACGGGGAGUUCGAACUCAUGUCCUACAGACUCAACACACACGUACGAUAGAUACGAUAGAUACCGACCCCACACGCCAAGUGUAUUGCAACAGACAGACAGACAGACAGACAGAUAGAUAGGCAGAACAGACGUACGUACAUAUUCGUGUCCUGCACUCAUGGGUGUGCGUACGCGUAUGAAUGACCAGGUCAAGGCGUUGAUAUGGAUCGAGGCGGUGGUCGAUGCGGGCAGGUCAAAGUCGAGACUCGAAUACAUGAUCAAAGUGAGGAGACACAUAAAGGGGGACGAGCGAACACCAUUUCUCGACCCAGAAGUGACCAACUGGCGUCUGUGUGUCUGUUUGUGCCUUGUCAGGCCAAGUCUCAGUUCAAGUCACGGAGUGUGGCCAACAAUGUGGAGAUCCACGUCCCAGUGCCCUCAGAUGUCGACUCACCAUCAUUCAAAGUCAGCCAACCACGCAACGCAGGAGGGACGGACGCAGGGAGACAGGGAGGCAACAAAGCAGCCAGUCACCCAGCCGGCCAGUGAAGCAUAGGACUGACUGACUGACAUGGAUUCUCUUUUGCUCAGACAUCAAUAGGGUCGGUUAGGUAUCUGCCACAAGAGGUGCGUCCCGUACGGACUGGAAUGCGCAGAUAGAUGAGUACCCUGAACGUGCGUGUGUGUGUGUGUGUGUGUAGGAUGUGAUGGUGUGGUCGAUAAAGCAGUUCCAGGGCCAGAAGGACUUCAUCAUGAAGGCCAACUUCGGACUCCCAUCCAUCAGUGCCGGUCAGUCAGUCACUCACUUAUCUGAGCCACAACCGGCCAGCACCCUCCCGCCUAAGGCGUGUGAUGUGUAUCUAUCUAUCUCUCUGUCUGUCUGUCUGUGUGCUGUUUGUGGGCCCGGCCAGAUAAUCGGGAGUCGUACACCAAGAGGCCAAUCACCGUCAAAUUUGAGAUCCCCUACUUCACUGUCUCGGGUAGGGUACACAUCACAUCCACACCUACACCUGCAGACAGACAGACAGACGAUGGAUGGAUGGAUGCCCAGACGGACAGAGCAGCGACAGACACGGGUGUGCGGUGCGAUGAGGGAGGGAUUAAUCAAUCGUGGCUGCUUGCCCUUCUUCCAGGCAUCACCGUGAGGUAUCUUAAGAUCAUCGAGAAGAGCGGGUAUCAGGUACGCACCCGUCAAGAGCAACACGCGACCAGCUGAUCAGCUGUGACGUGCUUCUUCCUACCUCCUGGGUGCUUUCUGUCGUUCAGGCUCUCCCGUGGGUCAGGUAAGCAAACGCGCCAUGCCCCUCCGACUACACAGAUGAUGGUUUGGUGUCUGCCUGUUUCUUAUUUUUGGAAGAUACAUCACCAGGUGGGUCCCACCCACCCCACCCAGCGCAAGAAAGAUAUAUACUCCGCCGCAUAUGAUGGCAUGGCAUUCUCUACGCGUGUGUGUGACAUCUGUCUGUUUCUGUUUCAGCAACGGGGAUUAUCAGCUGCGCAUGUCGUAGGCAGGUCAGGUCGGUGGGCCGGCGGACAGGACACUCUGGUUGGUAGGGGGAGUCUCAAGCCAUCCAUCCAUCCAUCGAGCAUGUAGAGUAAGUAGCUCAGCUGUCCAGAUGGCUUGGCUGCACUGCAUGGCAUGUGUUUGAUCACGACACGACGUGGUGGGCACGUGACUUCCUGCGUACAUGCCAUCGGAGUGGACUGCGUGUUUGACCGAUCAACGGAAUGAGUGAGUGGGAGCAAUAGUCAUAAU